AAGCCCAAGAGAAGUACGGUCGCUACGCCCAGCUCCAACCAUCGUUCACCCCCAAUUCCACCUUCACCUCUCUCUCCACCGCCGGCGUCCGGCGACCGCCGCUUGCCGGCCUACCGGCGAUGGGUCGCGCAUCCACUUGAUGGAUCCGUCGGCGGCAGAGCCUGCGCCACCACGGGCCGCCCCGGGCAGAGGGGCGGACCCAACGGAGCGGCGCAGGCGGUGGUGCGGGAUCACAGUCCGCGGGGCCCUCGUGAUGCUCUUCCCCAUCGCCGUGUCAUUCCUCUUCUCCUUCCUCUUCGGCAUCGCUGGCCUCCUCCUCGGCGGGCUCUCCUCCAACGCGUCCGUCUCCAUGCCCUCCACCUGCCGCAUCCUCUCUACCGGCCUGGACAUUCGGUCAUCUAAGGUUUGCGAGCUUGGACUGUUGAACUAUAAAGCUAAGCAUGUAUUUUACCCCUCGAGUAAUCGAAGAUUCCGCUGCCAUGAUGACUAUUACUGGGCUUCAGUUUUUGAGGUUGAAUACACAGAAUAUUUUUCUGGUCAAACAUCUUAUGCAAUGGCAGAAGCUCCAAAAGAGGCUCUUCCUCACAAUUGCCGGCCUGAUUUUGGUGCUGUAUGGUCAACAACAGCAAAGUUCAAGGUCAAUGAAUCAUACAACUGCAGAUACACACUGGGGAGUACCAAAGCUGACAUUUAUUCAGACAAGCUAUUCAAUUGCACUGCUGAGGAUCCUUCAAUAAUUGAAAUGCUGAAGAGGAUUUUUGUACUGUUUUCAAAGUUCUGCAAGUCAAAAGAUUUCAGUUCGUGGUGGAUGCUUGGAUAUGCGGCAGCAGGGGUUGUGGCGGGCGUGGUGAGCUCUAUACUCAUCACCAUAGCAGUAAGAGUCCUCCGAGGAGUGUUCCUUGCUGCCGCCAGGCGGGCUGUGAGCAACCAUAGCAUCAGGGUCUUUGCUUACCGUUUCAAGCGGGCGUGCCUUCUUGUUGCGUAUAUAUCUUUCGUUGGCUGGAUCACCUUGCAGUACAGCAAAAUGGUUGGGCUGAAGGAGCUUGUGCUGGACUUCAAACUCCUGGAGAGGUUCUUGUAAAAUGUAAAUGGGUUUCGGCAAUGUAUAUCAAAUAAGCCGAUCCCCUUGUGUGAUGUAACCUAGUGUAACUUAUCCUGCCUUGCUUCGAUAUGCGGCCGCCCAUGAACAGGUGGAUGAAUCAUGGGUGGCUGCAGUUGGCAUGGAGUAACUCCCAUCUGUUGUAACCUGCAGUGCAACAUGUGUCAAAAGCAUCCUAAUGACAGUUGGGGGGCUCGGAAA